CGGGGGCGGACGGGAGCGCGCGGGCCCCGCCACCCGAGUCCCCUGGCCCUGCUCGGCGCGUUCAGCAUGGCGGGCCCCUGGUUGCGACCGCUGGCCGCGCUUGCCCUGGUUUUGGUCCUGGCGCUGGCCCCGGGGCUGCCCGCAGUCCGGGCCGGGCAGACGCCGCGCCCGGCCGAGCGGGGGCCCCCGGUGCGGCUCUUCACGGAGGAGGAGCUGGCCCGCUACGGCGGGGAGGAGGAAGAUCAGCCCAUCUACAUGGCGGUGAAGGGCGUGGUGUUUGAUGUCACUUCUGGGAAGGAGUUUUAUGGACGAGGAGCCCCCUACAAUGCCUUGGCCGGGAAGGACUCCACCAGAGGAGUAGCCAAGAUGUCCCUGGAUCCCGCAGACCUCACCCACGACACUACGGGCCUCACGGCUGAGGAGCUGAAAGCCCUGGAUGAUGUCUUCACCAAAGUGUACAAAGCCAAAUAUCCCAUCGUCGGCUACACGGCCCGAAGAAUCCUCAACGAGGACGGCAGCCCCAACCUGGACUUCAAGCCCGAAGACCAGCCCCAUUUUGACCUAAAGGACGAGCUCUGAUGUUCAGUCUGUAGGAGCAGGUUCUGGGGAGGGUGAGGCAGAGAGACGCUCGGAGUCGAAAUCUACAAAAUCGGCUGCCUGGCUCUCUGGUCACCUGGGUCUGAAUAAAGCAGACAUCUGACCGGGAACCCCAAUGCCUUUACUGUCCUGGGUCACGUGCUCUGUCCACCUGGGUCUCCUGCCCACACGCCAGCCCGGGUGGUAAUAACAGCCUCUAAGCGUCCCUGUGGGUGGUUGAAUUAACCAGUGACUUUUAUUCUUUAUACUUUUCUGUACUUGCCAAAUUUCUUACUGUGACCAUGUUUGCUUUAGAAUAAGCACAGAAAUAAACUUAUUUUCACAAAAGAA